UACCGCUCCGCUCCACACGAUAGAAAACUCAUCAUUUCUUUGGCACCACUUCAAUAUAUAUACCCUUUUAGCUUUGCUUCCAACUCAUAAAGCCUCAACAAAUCUCCCUUCCUCUCUCUCUCUCGCUCUCUCUCACAUAUACAAUUGCAGCCUAAUUUUAUUACACUUCUUUCAAUCACUUCAGUUUCCAAUUCUUUUCUUGUCUCUUUGAAGUAAAAUGGGCAAUUGCUAUGCUCUUUGCAAACCCAGUAUGGGCUUGCAUGUCAAACUUGUUGCAGCAAAGCAUGGGAGAGUAUUACAAGUCGUGAAGAUGGAUGGAAAGGUUUUAGAAUUCAGCACGCCAAUUCUUGUUAAAGAUAUCAUGGUGAACUUUCCCGGCUCAGGUAUUGGUUUAUCCAAGGAAGCCUCAGAGAAUCUCCCACCAAAUUAUGAAUUGAAGAUAGGCAAAAUUUACUAUAUGCUCCCUUCUUUGAGUUCUGGGAGUUCCGCUAGUACUGCAGAAAUUUCCUCAAUAGCAGACAAGGACAAAGCCAAUGGUGUAAAGAGGAUUAAGAUUGUUAUAACAAAGCAACAGCUCCAGGAGUUAUUGACAAAGCAAAUAUCAUUGGAAGACUUCAUGUCAGGGCUCGAGAAACCAACGUCUGUUUCUGUUGAUUCUUCAACAAAUUGGAAGCCGAAGCUUGAAUCUAUCCCUGAAGGGAGCGAGUAGCAUUAAUUGCAGCAGUGAUUAGAUAGAUGUUCUAGUUUUUGUUUAACCAUGAAAGAGAAACUUAAAAAUAGAGAGGCCUGCACACAUAAUGAAUGGGGUUACUGUUAUAGGACACAAGGAAAUCUUAGAAUUAUUCUCGUCCUCUUUGGCUCAACAUGUUUCCCUUCUCAGUUAAAUCUUGUAUAUAUAUAAAAAAAAAGGGAGUGGUUUAUUGUGAUCUUCAA